AACCAAUUGUAAAAGAGACACAGUUUUUGUUUAUUCAUUAGUAGUCUUUGAUUGACUCCAUUGUUGAAGGGAAAGCGAGAUGGAUUCUAGGAUCUCCAUGUCCGCUUAUUACAGACGAUAUGGUCAAAGGAAGCUCAACGAUUUGUCGAACCCGCCUCUUAAAAAGCCCAAAUAUUCACCUACGAAGAACGGCAUCGUGAUAUCCGACUCAUCAAGCAACACGAUGACCUCUCCUCUUCCCCAAACCCCUACUUUGGCUGUAAAACAAUCUCCGACCAUUCUUCAUCGACAACGUUGUUCGAAGAACAAGAGAAAGAGGAGCUCAACACCUCCGCCUUUGGAGAAGAUUAGUAGUAGUAGCAAAGAGAUAAGCGAAGGAUCAUCCACCCAGGGUGGACUAGUAAAAAAGUCUUCGUGUUGGGUCAAAUCUCGGUUGCUUGGAAAAGGGGCUUAUGGUUCUGUUUAUCUAGCGACAUAUAAGAACGAAGAGAGAGCAAUCAAAACUGUAGAAAUUUCACGUUCUUUGAGUCUCAUCGACGAGGGAAGGAUCCUAAGAGGAUUGCAAUCUCCCUAUGUGAUUAGCUAUUUCGGCGAUGAGAUGGUACGUGAAGGAAAUGGUCAUCGUUACAACUUGAUACUUGAGUAUUGCUCUGGCCAAAGUCUAGGAGAUUUGAUUAGGAAUAAUCACGGAGGGUUAAUGGAGUUUGAUAUAAAGCUGUUCGCUAGAGAUGUUCUGUCUAAUGAAUAUAUAGCCAAGAUUGGGGAUUUUGGUUUAGCAUUAGAGAAAGGGUCGGUGGAGUAUAGAAAUGGAUCGGGUCAUAAGAGAGGUACUAGAAGGUAUAUGGCUCCGGAGCUAAUAAGCCAUGGUAUUGUGGACUUUAAUGUUGAUACUUGGUCGUUUGGAUGUUCGGUUUUGGAGAUGUUAACCGGGAAACAAGUUUGGGGAGAGUAUGGUCAUUUAACUAAAGAAGAUUGGAUCGAUCUAAUUGGUCACACUGAUCUCAUUCCUCAUAUACCGAGUGGGUUACCUGCAAAAGCUCAAGAUUUUCUGAGGAAAUGCUUAGUUAAGGAUCCUAAUUCAAGGUGGGGGGUCAGAAAACUCGUCAGCCAUCCCUAUCUCAGUUACUAUUAGAUGUAGAUUUGUCUAAAUUUUAACUGGGAUCAAUAUAAUCAAGAGCCUUUUAACUUUCCUUUAAUGCAAAAUGAAUAUCAACAUUUAAG